UUGUUUAACUUCUGCUGUUGGCAGUUUUUGUCAGCAACUCCCAGGAACUUCGGCAAGCGUUAACAUUACGGUCGAUAUGGCGACCCCAAAAAUAACGCGGCGUUUUCUUAAAAAUAGAUGAAGAUAGCCUCUAUUAUUUGAAGCAAGUGUCUUGUGUCACACCAUGUGAUGACCAUCUUCAAAGCAUCAGACAUUUUAAGAAUUAUAGGAAUAUUUUUGAUUCCAGUGGAAUCUAAUUUUCUUUCUUUGUAAAACAAACAGAAAAGGAUACAAAUCUGAGUCACGAGCCAACAGAGGCCCUUAUCUGUGACUCAGACAAUAAAUAAUAUAGAAACAAAACCCUCCCUUCCAUUUUUUUUUACAUGUAGACCACACCUGUUACAAUGCCAGUGCAAGCCCCACAAUGGACAGAGUUUUUGUUGUGUCCAAUAUGCACACAAACAUUCGAGGAAACCGUGCGCAGGCCCAUCAGUCUGGGCUGUGGACACACGGUUUGCAAGAUGUGCCUGAACAAGCUGCACCGGAAAGCCUGCCCAUUCGAUCAGACUGCUAUCAACACAGACAUCGAGCAGCUCCCAGUCAACUCGGCCUUGCUUCAACUGGUGGGGGGUCAGGUGCCAAAACUGCAACCUGUGGCCCUUAUUACCAAUCCAGAGGACACCAAGCACUACGAUGAGGCCCGCCAGUGUGUGGAAGAACUAGCCCUCUACCUCAAACCUCUCAGCAGCGUCAGAGGAGUGGGUCUCAGCAAUGCGGCCCAGAGCAUGCUCAGCCGGCCCAUGCAGCGCAAGCUGGUGACGCUGGUCCACUGUCAGCUGGUGGAGGAGGAAGGGCGGGUAAGGGCGAUGCGAGCGGCCCGGUCUCUGGGCGAGAGGACGGUCACGGAGCUCAUCCUCCAGCAUCAGAAUCCACAGCAGCUCUCGUCAAACCUCUGGGCUGCUGUGCGAGCCCGUGGCUGCCAGUUCCUGGGCCCAGCCAUGCAGGAGGAGGCCCUGAAGCUGGUGCUGCUAGCGCUGGAGGACGGCUCGGCUCUGUCCAGGAAGGUUCUGGUUCUGUUCGUGGUCCAGAGACUGGAGCCCCGCUUCCCACAGGCCUCUAAGACCAGCAUCGGCCACGUAGUUCAGCUGCUCUACCGAGCCUCCUGCUUCAAGGUAACAAAGCGUGAUGAGGACUCCUCGCUCAUGCAGCUGAAAGAGGAGUUUCGGACGUAUGAAGCUCUGCGUCGCGAGCACGACUCUCAGAUAGUGCAGAUUGCCAUGGAGGGUGGUCUGCGCAUCGCUCCUGACCAGUGGUCCUCACUACUGUACGGGGACCAGUCCCACAAGUCACACAUGCAGUCUAUAAUUGACAAGCUGCAGACCCCGGCGUCGUUUGCUCAGAGUGUUCAGGAGCUGACCAUCGCUCUGCAGAGGACAGGUGACCCAGCCAACCUCAACAGGCUCCGACCUCACCUGGAACUGCUGGCCAACAUUGACCCCAGCCCAGAUGCCCCUCCGCCCACCUGGGAGCAGCUGGAGAAGGGUUUGGUUGCUGUGAAGACCGUGGUCCAUGGGCUGGUGGACUUCAUCCAAAACCACAGCAAGAAGGGAACUGAUCAGCAACAGCCCCCACAACACAGCAAGUACAAGACAUACAUGUGCCGCGACAUGAAGCAGAAAGGGGGCUGUCCCAGGGGAGCAAGCUGCACCUUCGCCCACUCACAGGAGGAACUAGAGAAGUACCGCAAGAUGAACAAGCGUCUGGCAGCUCGAAUACCUGGUGUGCUGUUGCCUGAAGACGGGGUUCCCCUGGACGGGGUGCCGCGCAAAUCUUCUCCGCUGACCAAUGGGAUCGUGUCGGCCGGCUCUGGUGCCCAGCUGGUGUCUCGCAGCACUGACCCCGCCUACGACCUCGGGAUGCGGAAACCCAAAAUGGACAGCGCCCCGGGCUCGCCACCCGACUCGGUGGCGUCAGAGCACCUCCCGAUGCCCAAGCAGAUGCCCAUGGUGCCCAGGCCUCCACAGAUGUACCCCCAGCAGCAGACCGAGGUCUUCUACCAGGACACCCGAGCGCCACCAUCAGGCUCCCAGUAUGACCAGCCCCAGUACCAGCCAGGUAACCCCUACCCCUACCAACCUCCGUAUAUGACACCACGGUAUAUCCGAAACCCACCACCACCAAAUGACUCUACAGUACCCACCUACCAGGAUUCUUACAGUAACUACGUUCCCGAACGGCCUUACCCUCCGCCCCACUCUGGACCUGCCUUCUCCCAAGUAAGCACUCAUGGGUUCCCACCCCCACCCCACUACGACAGCCGUCGCCACACCCCUUACCCAGGGCACCCGCCACCCCAGCCCUUUGCUCCUCCGCGAGAUGAGAUGGUGAGGAUGAGCCCGGUGCCUGUGGACGGUCCCCCUGCAGGCAUGCCUCCUCCCCAGGGGGGCGCGCCCGGCUCCCUCUACCAUCCCGACGCCCGGGAGAGAUAUCCACCUGAGGGCUAUCCUCCUCCUGGACCCCAUCAUGGUCAGAUGCGGCAAUAUGUAAGGGAUCCUUACAGCCGCUCCCAACACAGCCUGGACUACCUGCACCGCAGGCGCAAGGAGAUCAUGGCUCAGCUGGAGGAGAGGAAGGUCAUCUCGCCCCCGCCCUUCGCGGCCUCCCCCACCCUUCCCCACUCUUUCCCCAAUGACUACCCACAGGAGGUGAGUGUCAUGCGUCCUGUCCUUGCGGGGGAAGGAGGCAGAAGAAGGGAAAAGCAGACGUACCUUGAGGAAAGCUCCAAACCCUUUGGAAAGGGGCGUGAGCAAGACUAUCCAGGUCAAUAUUCACCCUGGUCUUGCGAUACCAUAGGAUCUUACAUCGGCACCAAGGACCCCAAAACGAAAGACCUCAUGGGCCCUGUUGAGAUGAUGAGCGUGGAGGGGAAAACUCUGCGGGAGCCUCCUCUGGAAGCCCAGCGGCGUUCGGCUGAAGCCAAAGACGAUGAUCCCAUCAUCCCCUUCGGCUCCUUGCCCACCGUGUCCCGCUUCGGCGCCAUCUCCCGCACCUCCAAAACAGGAUACCAGACCACCGGCCCCGUGCAAGCCAUGGCAUCCUCACAAGGCACGGGACCCAAGCACAUGACCACUGCAGCGGAGUACUCCUAUGGAAAUCACGCUGCCUGGGGAGGGGCCUCCUACCCUCCACACCAGAACAUGGCUGCUCCUCAGGGACACUUCAGCGAGCGGCUGCCCAUGCCUCCCUCUGACCGAGAGCAGCUGAAGAUGGAGCUGCAGCAAGUCAAUCAGCAGAUCAGUCAGCAGACACAGGCCCGUGGCAUGGAGGCUGCCAGCAACUCGCUGCUGCUGCAGAGGGAGGCGAGCGCCCUGGCUGGCCAGCCGUCGGCCGCCAAGUGGGCCGCGGGGGACGCCGUGUCCAGCGAGCAGCUCAGUCUGGAGCUCCACCAUGUGGAGCGGGAGAUUGGCAAGAGGACCCGAGAGAUGGCCAUGGAGAGUCAGGUGGCCCACGAGUAUAAGCUGAAAGCCAGUGAGAACGGCCAGCCAGACCACAAGGCCCAGCUGGAAGAGUUGACCAUUGCUUUGGGAGAGGUGUCGAAUGGUUCCAGUAGCAUCGUGUCUGAGGCCAGUGUGGGUGGAACCAUGUUGUCACUCUCCAACAAGACAUCGUCACUCAGCUUAUGCUCUGGCGAUUCCACCCCAGCCACCGGAGCAGAGAUGCAGAAGAAUGGUGUGGUCCACUCUUGCUCGUAGACACCAACACCACCACCAAUGUGCACGUACACUCACACAUCGUACACACACACACACACUCACACACACACUCACACUCACAUACACACACACCGGGCUGCUUUUUUUCCUUUCCUAAGGGUGUAAAGCCAGAUGAAACCUGCAUCUUGACUAGGUCAGGAGCAGUGUGCAAUGGCAAAAGUAUACCCAUUAGUUACUAGCUACUGUGCAGGAAAGGGGAGUGCAGCUUUAAUUGUGGGUGUGGAUGAUCAUACACAGAGGAGCAUCAUGUUUCUUGUGUACAUACACAUGCAAACAGUCUUUGUACAUGCUGUUGUGCAUGCAACCACGUUAACACGGAGACACACACAUACACACUCAUUCUUUUUAUCCUGUUUUAUUUAGAAGAUGAGCAGUAUCUGCCGUGAUGAAUUUUCUUUCCUUUUUGUUCUGUGAAUGAGCUUUUUUUGUUUGUUUUGAAUGACUUGUCUUUGCCUGGAAACCAGAGCAUCUGAUUAUGCAUCCUGAAAAAAUACUCAAAAUGAAAGGCAAACCAGAAGAGCAUACAAAUUGCUUAAAAGGAAUGCAAUUUCCUAGUUUAACAAGACGAUGGUUAUAGGACGACCUCAGUAAUAUUCUCUGCCUUCACCAUUUACGUUUGGUGAAUGUCAACCUUAUUAUUAUUCAGUGCUUUUCAGCCAUUCUGCAUUCAUGUUGCUCUUUCUCUUUUCAACUAGCGACUCAGCAGAGGUGAUGUGAUGUGUGUUUGUAGGUGAAGCGACCCUUAAGAGACGUGCAGAUUCACUGUGAGAACAACCUGACCAGCCAGCCAUGUUGUAGCAUAGGAAUAAAACCCUCCUGUCAUUCCACUCUGAAAUGGACCUACCUGUACAUGUAAAAUGGAAGUAUCUUUUUAAUAUCUUAGCAAUAUUUAUAGAGGGUUUAAUUUGCGGUGUGGGAGUAUUAAUGAGACCAAACGUAAUUUAAUUUUGGUCCUGACGGACUUGGGGGAGGAUAUGAAGGAAAGCCACUAAGUUUCUCUUGUGUUCUUUUAUGUGCUGUCUGUCCUCUAGCCAGUUGAGGGCAGUUUUGAAAAAGAUCAUUUUUUAAAAACAUUUUAGUAAUCUGGAAUUUUGUGCUCUGUUUUAAAGAGUGCAAAAAAAAAGGGUUUUUGGCGCUUAACUCUUACUUCUUUUUUUCUUUCUUUCUUUUUUUUUCAUUUUGCAUGUCUCCCUCAAGUGCAUACACAUUUUCUGGGGUAUUUAAUGAAUGAAUCCCUGUGUUGCUCAGGUUGGAAUUCUGUGGUUCAGGUCAAACUAUUGUAUGUCGGAGGGUGUGCAGUUGUCUUUCCUCGGUAUGUCUGGAAUGCCAGGGUUUGUUAUAAUAUGGUCUGUUUGGAAACAUUCUCACCUGUGUCUCUUUUUAACUUCUAUGAAGUUGCAUUCUCAGUCCUGGUCAGGUGUGCCGGUUUAGGUCUCUCACAUCACCUCUGCACUGAACUCAAGAGGGGGCGUUUCUACAACAUGUAAGGUCACUUGCUGAAUUGCAGAGGCCAGAAUCACAUUACAUUUUCCCACUUAAUUUGUAAGAAAAAAGCACAUGAACAUAGGUUACUGUUUUGUUUUUAAUAUCAUCACCGUGUGCAUAUUUGGCUCACUAUUGAUAGUACCCACUGAGAUUUUAACUUGCAUUCACCUUGUGUAUUUUAACACCUAUGAAUCCACUGACUGUUUAACGAGGCCAGCUUAGGUCGGUCGGUUUACUUUAAAGAUCACGACUAGCUGAAGUCUUCCUUGAGUGAUGACGUUCUUCACGUGACCUAAAUUUUUUAGUCUCUUGAGACCGAUGGAUAAUGAGCUCCUUUUUGGGCGCGACCUUUGGAAGAGUGUGUGCCGUGUUGUUUGCUUGUCUUUUGUCUUGUAUCCAAGUCACAAUUUAGUAGGCCAUCAUUAUGAAUGAUCAUGUUUAUUGCCCAAAGCUCUUAACAGAGCACAUAACCCUUAAGAUUGUCUCCAAAAUUAUAAAAGAGCCACCAAACAUUACCAUGUUGAUGGUGAAUUGUUUUUGCAGACAAUCGUGUUGGGGGGUGUGCUGUGUUCACUGGCUUCAGUUGACACAUUAAUCCUGCACAUCUGCUUUACUCCACCUACUCUGCCUGCUCUGUACGUCGUCUGAAAUUCUCUUGGCUGUGCCGCUUCCACUUCCACUCUUUCGCUAGACGACUGACUGACUCCCCUGGCCCUUUCUUAGCCUCUUCUGAAAAGAGCCUCAAAGGGAUGCUGGCUUUUCAAAACUGUUGCUGUCACCGAUGGAGAGGGGGGAGUUGGGAAACUAGCCCUGCCCUCUUUUUUUGUUUCUUCACCUGUACUAGCCUCCAAGGCUUUCUGCUGUGUUUGAUGUGUAGGUACAUACACUUUUAUAUACACACACAUAUAAUGAUAUACUUAGCACUAUUAUGUGCCACCUCUUUUAUCCACUCAAUCAGCAUUUAUAUUAAAUGAUCUCUACACAAAAAACAGCUACAUGUUUUUCUGGUUGCGAAAACACAAAGCUUAUCCUUUCUCAGUCAAAGGAGUCUCGUGCCAGGAUGACAUGGUGUGCUUUUUAAACUUGUUUUGUGUUCAAACAAAAAUAAAAGAAGAAAAGAAAAACUUAAGCGUCACUGUACACUUCACUAGAAGAUUAGACCGUUAAAAAAAAAGAGGCAGUAGCAAGCAAGUGUACCUGUUGGUGCAUCACAUGGCUAUCCUGACCGUGUCUUCUGAGCUAUGUGGGACAGGUGGAGGUGCAUUUAGGGCUGGGUGCUGGGCAUUUUUCGCCCGCCUCGGAGGAGGGGGUAGGGAAGGGGGGCUAUGGUCGGAUGGAGUCCUUGCUGAAAAAGUUUCCUUGUUGCAGAUUAGUGUUGGAGUGAGACUUGCAUGUCUGCUCUUGACUGCAUGCAGUAUUUCCUCAUGUGGCAGUCAUGUUGAUCUCUCUUGCCAAACUGAGAACAUUUUAAGAGCUGAAUGGGCAUGUCCUCCAAAUUUUUUUCCUCUUUGUUUCGGGAUUUUGCAUCACUGUUGUUGAGCAAAAAGCAGUAGCAUGAUUAGCUUUCAGUGGUUUUAGGUAAAAAAUAAAUAAAUAGCUAGAACGGUUUAAAUAAAAUUAAAAAAUAAAAACCUUCACAGAGCACCUUUUAUCAUACCAGCGUCUGGCUGGUUAUUGGAUCCUCUGUGUCAUUGUCUUGGGUGAGUUUGAUCUUCACCGCCGUGCACAUUUACAAAUGGAGCGCUGCCUAGUGGACAUAAUGCUUUUAUUUUAAACUCGUUUAUGUGGGAACGUGCUGUCUGUAUGUAUCUGUUGGCAAAUUGCCAUUUUGCUUGGGUGCCUAGUUUUGUUUCUUCUCUCGUUAACAUCAGUGAUCUCACUGAGUAAUUAUACUUGCUGUGAUUUUUGUAUGUUGUUUUACAAGUUAAAUUAUGUUGACCAUCUUCAAGUAGCAUCAGAAAAACGUAGAAGACCCCGUACAAUGCACAUGAUGUUAACAGCUUUUGUGCAUGUGUUUUUGCUACAGAGACCGAUUGUGUUAAUAUGGUUUCUCUGGUAAAGGGUUGGUUUCAAAUGGAUGAUAUUCAUUUCUUUCCUUGGAUGUUGUUUGUUUUGAGCGAACCUGGUGAAUACACACAAUACAGAUAAAAGAUCUCAUCCGCACCCAGUAACACUUAUAUGGCUGUGUUGAUUUUCAGUUUAUUCCUAACUUUGGGAAAUGUAAUGGCUUUUUUAAUGAUUACUACAAAGUUGUCUUGUUAAAAAUAUCUCUUAAAUUAAGGUACAGGUUUGAUUUCAACAAGGAAAGAUUUUUAUAUAUAAAUAUAUAUUAUACUCCAUUAAGGAAUGUUUAGAACCAUCUUACUCCAAUGUGGAUGUAGCCAUUAUUACGCCAUUUUAUGACUUUGUAAAAGAAUUCACUGUGUGAAAAUUGGUUUGCAUUUUUGUAUAAUACAAUCUGCUUCUUGUUAGAAAGGAGAAGGAGGCUAAACAGGAUGUUUGGAGACAUGAAAAAACCUGUGACUUUAAGACGAAAAAUGUAACUUGUGUAAAACAGUGAUUCUAAACUGAGAUGGAUGGAUAAAUGGUAUUGAUAAUACUGCCUUGGUAUUGUUUUUUUCUUCUGUGUGUAUAAGUUUGCAUUCAAUGACGCUGCUCCAUGUUAUUAAAAUAUCUCAGUUCA